AGAGGAACAUGCAUGGCUAACGUCGACUAACUUGAGGAACUCGGCGCGUCCGGCCGACUGUACACCCCGUCAAACUUGAUCUCUUCAGGUGAUUGGUUGUACGAUUCAGCCAAUCAGUGAGCACUUUCGGUGAACCAAGACCAUCGAUACAGCGACGUCGACAUCCCGACUCCAUCCACUCUCGGACGGCAGGAACGCAACGUGCAUCUGCCAUGGCCACAUCACAAGCCUUUCCUACCAUGGCCAUCGAAGGCCAGUUCACGAGAAAGCGCAUUCUCUCGUUCGUUGUCGUCGUGCCAUGUUGGUCGUGCUAACCCAACGCAUCGUGCAGGAAAUCCCUCAUGUUUGCCGACGUGUUGGUCGACGACUCGUCAACGAUACAAGUUAUGUUCCGUGCUGGAGAAGGACCCUGGACAAAGGAGACCCUGACGCAGCUCAACUGGGACGUCCACGUUGGCGACAUCGUCGUUGUGGAGGGGGGCAAGAAGAUCGAAGAAAACGACCGCGUCCUCCUCGUGGCGUCGUCUUGCGCUGUCAAGGAAAGCUGGAAAUCCAAGCACCCAGGCAUAGAUUUGACUCACAUAUCGACUUGCAUUGAUCGGCGGCGCAUUGUCCUUCAGACAAACGAUUUGAGCCAGCAACCGACGAGUCCCAAGGUCUUGCUAGCAAACAAGCGUACGCCAACAUGAUCCAACUCCGAGGAUUCAACGCUUGCAAGUAUCACUUCAGCAACGGCUCGUGCGUCCGGGGCGAAGCGUGUCACUUUUGGCACGGGCCACCGGGCGACUAUAAACUGCUCCAAGAAGAGUGGAUUCAGAAAAGAGCGGUGCAGAAGCGGGAGUUGGCGCUCUUGGUCGACGACCCGUUGGACCCUCAUGCCAAGGAACAAAAGUCCCAUCGUGCUCGCAUCUUUUGCGAAUGGCUCGUGGAGCAGUAUGGCGUCGAUCGCCUUCAGGAAGGCUCCGGUGUCAUCGAUGUUGCUGGGGGCAAAGGUGACAUUGCGUUUGAGUUGUGGCUCUGUCGCGACAUCCCGACUACACUCAUCGACCCGGUACGUCGCCAUGCGCGGCAAGAUGUUAAGUUGAUCGAUGAUCAGCGUCAAGUCAAGACCAGGCGAACGCAUUUAAAGUUUAUGGCUCAGCAUGGCAAGCCAAAGUGGACACAUAUGAUGGAAGAACUCAAUAACGACUUGAUAGCCACGCACAACGCGCUCUUUCAGUCGUGCUCCAUCGUGGUGGGAAUGCACCCAGAUGAAGCCACGGAAGCCAUCGUGGAUGCAGCUCUCGCGUUCUCCAAACCAUUUGCGAUUGUUCCGUGCUGUGUCAUGAGUCGCCUCUUUCCGAACCGCUAUUGGAACGACGACAAGGUAGCUACCUAUGAAGUGUUUGUCGAGUACCUCAAAGCCAAACACCCCGGCAUUCGAUCGGCAUUCCUGCCCUUCGGUGGACGAAAUCAAGUGCUGUACCGAAUGUAAAAUGCCUUGGACGCAUGAAAACUUGUCGUUGUGCGUUUGCUCGGGCAACAA